AUGACACCAAAAUUAUCCGCCCUUGUCCUCAUAUUUACACCAGCAUCAGUAUUCGCCCAAUUCUCUGGAGACUCCCUCCGACCAGAUGUCACCUUCAACGAUUACAAUGAUAGGUUCGAUCUCACAUCCAUGAUACAAGACUCAAAUAGAAUGUAUCAACAAGACCCUCAAGCUCCAGAAGACGAAGAAAGUAGAAGAAGUUUGAAGAGUAAUGAGGAACAAAACGGUGUUCUAGAAUUUCUGACUGCUGAUAAACCAAGAAAAUCAGCUCGAAGGUCUGAUAAUGAUUUUGCUUAUCAUGAUAGAAUGGAUAGCAACGAAGGUGGAACAGUGAUGGAGUAUGAACAGAAUCUCAAGCAUUUUAUGAAUGAUGAUAAUUUGAAAAGCUUCAUAAGAAGUAGGAGAAUGAGUGAAGAUAGAAUGAAAAACUAUGUACAGAGUGAGAAACUUAAUGCAUAUAUUAAAUAUCUUCACAACGGUAGAGAAGAAGGAAGAAGAAGAGACGGUUCUGGUAACGAAAAGGAUUUGUUGAUGCAUUACGGUGUUCCUUUUGUGAUGCAUGUAGAUGGUUAUCUUAAAGUACCCUUAAAUUAA